AUCCAACAAGAUUUGAUUGGGACCGGAACAGCCUCUGCCGAUGGUCCACCUCGUAUCGUCUUAAAAACAGCGCUCCUUGUCAGGGCCCCUCUCUAGCCAUUCCCCACGGGCCUCCUCGCUCACAAGCCCCCCUCCCUUGUCACUCCUUCGAGAUGGCCUCGUACGCCGGUGACAAGACCUCCACAAGCUCUGCGGAUGAGGGUGUCCCCAAGCUCGGUAAGGUUCCCGCGUCGAACGAUGCCUACGCCCUCGAUGAGAAGCGCCGUGCCGCGCUCGCUGAAAUCGACGAGGCCCCGUUCUCUUGGUUUCACGUAAAAGUUUGCAUGGUCGCUGGUGUUGGUUUCUUCACCGAUGCCUACGACAUCUUCGCGAUCAACAUCGCGUCUACGAUGCUUGGCUAUGUCUACGGCAAGGGUCAGAAGCUCUCGGCAAAUCAAGAUCUCGGCGUCAAGGUUGCUACCCCUGUCGGUACGCUCUGCGGCCAGCUUCUCUUCGGUUGGCUUGCAGAUGUUGUCGGUCGUAAGCGGAUGUACGGUGUCGAGUUGAUGCUUAUCAUCAUCGCAACCUUCGGUCAGACGGUCUCUGGCCAGGCUCACGCUGCGAACAUCAUUGGUGUCCUGUGUGCUUGGCGGUUCAUCAUGGGUAUCGGAAUCGGCGGUGACUAUCCUCUUUCCGCGGUUAUUUCUUCCGAGUUCGCGACAACACGUACGAGGGGUCGUCUUAUGACGGCAGUUUUUGCGAAUCAAGGCUGGGGACAGUUCACCGCUGCUCUUGUUGCGUUCAUCAUCGUCUCUGCGUACAAGGGUUCCAUCCUGCACGAGGACCCCAUUGAAAACGCGAAGAUCGACCAGAUGUGGCGUAUCCUCAUCGGACUCGGUUGUGUCCCCGGCGCCAUCGCUCUUUACUUCCGUCUCACCAUUCCCGAGACGCCCCGCUUCACCAUGGACGUUGAGCGCAAUGUAAAGCAGGCCUCGCAGGAUGUAGAGCAAUUCCUCACUACCGGCAGCUACUACGUCGACCCCGACGCGGUCGUCGAGCGUGUACAAGCGCCCAAGGCGUCCCGCCGUGACUUCGUCGCGUACUUCUCCAAGUGGGAGAACCUUAAGCUGCUCAUCGGUACCUCCUACUCGUGGUUCGCCUUGGAUAUCGCGUUCUACGGUCUCGGCCUCAACUCGUCGGUCAUCCUCAACGCCAUCGGGUUCGGUUCGCCUAGCCCGACGCUCAAGGGCGGCGAGAAGAUAUACACGAACCUGAAGAACAUCACCAUCGGCAACAUGGUCCUUUCCGCCGCCGGGCUCAUCCCUGGCUACUGGGCGACGUUCCUCGUGAUCGACAAGUGGGGCCGCAAGCCGAUCCAGCUGAUGGGCUUCACCAUGCUCACCAUUCUGUUCAUCAUCAUGGGCUUCGGGUACGACAAGCUCAUCGCGACCAAGAGCGGCAAGGAUGCGUUCAUCUUCCUCUACUGCCUCACGAACUUCUUCCAGAACUUCGGCCCCAACACUACGACCUUCAUCGUCCCCGGCGAGGCUUUCCCCACCCGCUACCGCUCGACCGCGCACGGCAUCUCGGCCGCGUCCGGCAAGCUCGGGGCCAUCGUCGCGCAGGUCGGGUUCGGAAAGAUGGUGAACAUCGGCGGCACGAGCAAGUUCGUCAACCACCUGCUCGAGAUCUUCGCGUUCUGGAUGCUCACGGGCAUCUUCUCGACGCUGCUGAUCAAGGAGACGAAGCUGCAGACGCUCGAGGAGCUCUCGAACGAGAACCAGGAGGGCUUCAUCGAGGGCGGCCCCGCGACGAACAGCAGUCGCGUAUGAGGCCGCGCUUCGUCGUAUUCUUUUUUCUUUUACCCCUCAUCUGCUCUAUCGCAUCCGCCUGCCCGCAUGACGACUAUAUUAUAUCCCAUCACACCUCCGUCUUCUUCGGCUCGUCACUGCCGCUCUCCCGCUCUUCAUUGGGUCGUACUUUCUAGCCUCUCUCUAUCCUUACGCUGCACUCGCGCGACGAGUAACCCCUGUACCUGCUGCUGCUGCUGCCGAGCGCAAUGCUACUGUACUCGAAAACUACACGUGUGUGUCUGGGGCCCCGGGGUGUUGCUGCUGCCGAGAAGGUUCGUUCGGUUCUGAUGGGAUACCUAGUAUCGUGUUCCGUGUAUCCGUAGAGAGCCCACUGUGACGUACAUUAUGCAU